GGACUUAUAGGAAGUAUAUUACUGAAUGACGCACCCUCGCUUCCUCAUUGUGGUGAGAAACAGGCGUGCGUUUCAGGCUCUGCAUAACACAUUAGCGAAGAUGGUGAAGAUCUUCAUUGGGAACCUGCCUCCGCAGGCAGAAGCAGAUGAAAUAAAGACUCUGUUCACUCAAUAUGGAACGGUCACUGAGUGCGCCAUUAUCAAGAACUUUGCCUUCGUCCACAUGGAUGAUCGCAAAAGUGCAACAAAGGCAAUUAAAAACCUUCAUUUAUACAAGCUGCAUGGAACACCCAUCAAUGUUGAAGCGAGUCGGGGCAAAAACCAGGGCCCCGUGAAGCUUCAUGUUGCCAAUGUGGAGAAAGGAGCAGAUGAAGAGCUCAGAGCGCUGUUUGAAGAGUACGGCACAGUUGCCGAAUGCGCCAUCAUUAAGAACUUUGCCUUUGUACACAUGAGCAAUUCCGAUGAGGCCAUGGAUGCCAUCAAGGGGUUGGACAACUCUGAAUUCCAAGGCAAACGAAUUCAUGUGCAGAUAUCAAAGAGUCGACCAAGAGGCGAGGAGGAAGAUUACGGCCCCCCAGACAGUGGAUUUUGGCCACCCCGUUUCUCUGGUGACCGGCCUGAGCCCCCUGGUUAUCCUAGGGGUCGCUUUGGGUAUCCCCCUGGUCCCCCACCACCACCACCCCCCAUGCCU